UCGCAUGUAGGAGGGUUUGCUGUGCACGCGCAUGCAUGUGUCCUGGCAAAAGGCUGAAUAAUUGAUGUGCUGGGGAAGGAGUGGAAGUGCUGCCGGACGGGACGGUGUGUGUGGGAGUGUGUAGAGAUGGGGGAGAGGAAUACGGAGAGGAAUCAGCCCGGCUACGAUGGGCUCUGCAACUACGCCCAAAAAAUCACCUCCUGCUUCGGACUGGAUGUGGCUCAUGCGCAGGACACACACCACCACUCCAAAGAGAAGCCCCUGAUUCAGUGCUACAAGUGUGGGGAGCCAUGCAAGGGUGAGGUGCUGCGGGUGCAGAACAAGCACUUCCACCUCAAGUGCUUCACCUGUAAAGUGUGUGGCUGUGACCUUGCCCAGGGGGGCUUCUUCAUGAAGAAUGGAGAGUAUCUGUGCACGCUGGACUACCAACGCAUGCACGGCACCCGCUGCAAUGGCUGUGGGGACUUCGUGGAGGGGGAAGUGGUCACCGCCCUGGGGAAGACCUAUCACCCUGCCUGCUUCGUCUGCACCAUCUGCAAGCGACCGUUCCCUGCUGGGGACAGGGUGACCUUUAAUGGGAAGGACUGUCUGUGUCAGUACUGUGUCGAGCCCAUGUCUCCAGGACCAAAGGACAUCCUUGGCUCCAGCAAUUGUGCAGGAUGCGGUCGAGACAUUAAGAACGGACAGGCCCUCCUGGCGCUGGACAGACAGUGGCAUCUGGGCUGCUUUAAGUGUAAGGCCUGCAGCAAAGUGCUCACCGGGGAGUACAUCAGCAAGGAUGGCGCCCCCUACUGUGAGAAGGAUUACCAGAUCCAUUUUGGAGUUCAGUGUGAGGCGUGUCAUCAGUUCAUCACAGGGAAAGUGCUGGAGGCAGGAGACAAGCACUACCACCCCAGCUGUGCGAGAUGCAGUAGGUGCAACCAGAUGUUCACAGAGGGAGAGGAGAUGUAUCUGCAAGGAUCCACAGUUUGGCAUCCCGGCUGCAAGAACACGACCAGAACAGAGGAGAGACACAGGGAGCGGCCGACGAGGUCGUCAUCUGAGAGUAUUUGUUCCAGACCUGGUUCAAGCAUACCUGGCUCACCGGGUCACACGAUCUAUGCAAAAGUAGACAAUGAGAUCCUUGAUUACAGAGACCUAGCUGCUAUUCCAAAAGUCAAAGCCAUUUAUGACAUUGAGCGUCCUGAUCUUAUUACCUAUGAGCCUAUGUACAGCACCUCCCUGGAUGAGCGAGAGGAGAGACGAGAGAGUGUGGGAGAGCUCCACACUGCCAGGAGGGAACGCUCCCCGCUGCCAGAUGACAGGUUCUCAAGGAACAUGUCGCCAACUCCACCUCCUGAGGGCUCCUACGACAGGAGGGAACGUAUCCUCCAAAGGUCAACAAGUCAGGGCUCCAUAGGAUCACCGGUUUAUAAUCGCCAUGGUUACACCCCAACCUUGUCACGGUCCCCGCAGCAUUUUCACAGGCCAGAGGCUCUGACAGGCAUGCAGAAGCUCUGCUCCUCCCUGUGCAGUAACAGUGUGGGCUCCAGAAAUAGUGACUCCCGCCCCACCUCCCCUUUCAGACACCACUUCCUCCCCCAUAGCCAAGGCACUGACCCGCCAAGUGGCCGGAGCUCCCCACUCCCGCUCAGGCCCGACAGCCGGCCGAUCACUCCGCCUCUCUCUCUGACCCCUAAACAUUUCCACCUCCCAGAUCAGGGGAUCAACAUCUACAGAAAACCACCCAUUUACAAACAGCACGAUACAGCUGCCAUAGUCCUUCAAAGCAAGUCGGCUGAUGACAUCAUCAGAUCCGCCACCUUCCCCGCGGCCCAUGCUCCCUCUCUGGAUGACAGCUCGCGGAGUGAGGGCGUCCGUUGGCCCUACUCUCUCACUGUGUUAGCACCCAUAGGUUCAGAAGGGAGGCGACGAUCCAGAGAAGACGAUGAAGAAGAGGCCUUGAAAAGAAAGCAGCUCCAGGAGGAACAUCUCAACAAGAUUCAGUCUGGUUUAGGAAAGCUCAUUCUGAAGGAGGAGAAGGAAAAAGAACAGAUCAGGGAGCGUCACGCACGAAGUCUCUCCGCUCAGCGCUACGACCCUAAACAGAGCAACUGUGACGCAGAUCCAACUUCACCAACAAAAACGAACUCUUUGCCGGGCUAUGGAAGGAAUGGGCUACACCGGCCCCAGUCCACGGACUUCACCCAGUACAGCAGCUACAGCGACAUGUAUGGGGGAGGCAAAGAGUUUCAGCACAUUAAGGAUGGCCGUGCAGCACUUGCAAGGAUGGACAGGGGAGUUUCUAUGCCUAAUAUGUUGGAACCAAAAGUGUACCCAUAUGAAAUGCUCUUGAUAACCAGUAGAGGGAGAGCUAAACUGCCCAGGGAUGUGGACAGAACCAGACUGGAGCGCCACUUAGCGCCCGAAACGUUCUUUGACAUCUUUGGAAUGGAGAUCCAGGAAUUUGACAGGCUUCCCCUGUGGAAACGCAACGACAUGAAAAAGAAGGCCAAGCUCUUCUAGCACUCAGAGCAGCAUGCAUAUACUGUACAUUCACUCAGAUAGCACACGACAAACUGUAAUCUAGAUGUAGGUUUUGGGUUUGUUUUGUUUUAUCCUGACAUAACCAAGGAAGCCAUUUUUUUUUAUUGCUCUGAUGCUUCCUGAGACUGCGAGCUGAAUGAUUUGUCCAGUUAGAUUUGCACAGGAAACAAGGAAUGGGAAACUCUUCCAUGUUCAAAAAUGACAAAGAAUGAGAGUGAAUGAUACAUAGGUUCAUGUUAUUUGGUUUGACUGCGCUCGUGUUUUCUUCUUGCUUUUGCUUUGAGUGGAACUGCUCUCCUUUCUUUCUCGCUUGUUUAUUCCUACUCUUCGUUGCUGUUGAUUCCUGUGGAACUUUGUAAGUACAGUAGAAACCUCAUGACGCCAUUACAAAAUGUCCAUGCUUGUAUAGCUUGAACAUGUGUCAGCUUUCCUUCGCUUGGGCUGAAACUGUUUUAGUCCAAAGUUGGCAAGAAUCGGCUCAGUGAGUCUUUGAAUUAAAAAAAAAAUAAAUAAAAGCCCCUGGGAAAGCAGAAGUCAGCUGACCCACCAACUGUUUUCUUCCGGGUCUACAUGGAAAUGAAUGAUCCAAGCACCUCCACAUUAUCCGUCUCCUUCCCCACCUGGCUACUGUACAUGCAAAAACAUUCACCCGACCCUGACAAAAAGAAAACGUCGCUCUUCUCAGGCUCUCAUACUCACAGCCAGACACUUUCCCUUUACAUGUAUUGGAAGUACAAAUCCUAAAAUAUUUUAUUGCCAUACCCAACAUACGGUAACAUUCAAAAAGGUAAAACACAAAAUGAAAGAAGCAACUGUAUUUGAAGGUACUGUUUUAUAACUGAAAAACCCACACUGCCAUUUUGUUGUAUUGAAAUCUAAGCCAAUAAAGCUUUUAAUCACCACAAAUCAUAUGAUCCUCGGCUAUACCACAGGUUCCACCGCCUCUGUUCUCCUCUGUGUUUUCUUCUCUGCAUUUCACCACAUUUGAACACACAGUG